AGCUAUUUGAGGACGGGGGGCGGGUGGGCAAGGCAGGUUGGGGUGCGGUAGCCGGGUGUCCCCCCCCUCCUGCCCCGUGUCCCCAACCUCGGUCCCCCGGAGGAGGCCACAGUGACCAUGAAGGAGAGACGGACCCCCCAGCCAGCUGUGGCCAGAUGUAAGUUGGUCCUGGUGGGGGACGUGCAAGGCGGGAAGACGGCUAUGCUCCAGGUGUUGGCUAAGGACUGCUACCCGGAGACUUAUGUCCCCACCGUGUUUGAGAAUUACACGGCCUGUCUGGAGUCCGAGGAGCAGCGCGUCGAGCUGAGUCUCUGGGAUACCUCGGGGUCCCCUUAUUACGACAACGUCCGGCCGCUCUGCUACAGCGACUCAGACGCUGUGCUGCUCUGCUUCGACGUCAGCCGCCCCGAGACCCUGGACAGUGCCCUCAAGAAGUGGAAGACUGAGAUCCUGGAUUACUGCCCCAGCACCCGGGUCCUGCUGGUCGGCUGCAAGACGGAUCUGCGGACAGACUUGAGCACCCUGAUGGAGCUGUCCCACCAGAAACAGGCCCCCAUCUCCUACGAGCAGGGCUGCGCGGUGGCCAAGCAGCUGGGGGCCGAGAUCUACCUGGAAUGUUCGGCCUUCACGUCGGAGAAGAGCGUCCACAGCGUCUUCCGGACGGCCUCUCUGGUCUGCCUCAACAAGGGCGGCCCCCUGCCCCCGAAGAGCCCAACCCGCAGCCUGUCCAAGAGGCUGCUGCACCUGCCCAGCCGGGCGGAACUCAUCUCCUCCGCCUUCAAGAAGGAAAAGGCCAAAAGCUGCUCCGUCAUGUGAAGUGGGGAGAGGGGCCGGGCAGAGGGAGGGGAAGAGGCACCAGCCCCUUUCACACCCGGGACCCGGCCCGUCGGCGGAAGGCCGCGGGACCCGACGGGGGCGAGGGGCUGGGGUGCCCUGGGACGCCCCAGCCCCUCACAGGGAGGGGGUCCGGGGGGUCCGGGAGCCUCCACCUUCUUCAGCAUCACGACUCUUCCAUGCCACAUCUCCACGCGGGCCUGUGCGGGGUGUGAAGGCGGGUGUCCGCUCUCUCCCGCCAACUCCGAGGAGAGGGCCCGGGGCUGGGGGAAGGGGGCCGGAGGAGACGGCGGGUCGGCCGAGGGCCGGCGGGGUUGUGUUGUGUGCGUGGGGCCCGUCCGUGUGUCUUUGCAUCGUCCGUGACUCACCGGGCCACGAUGGCCAGCACUCAUUCGUUUCUCACCCCAGAUCCGGGAGCAUCCCGUCGCCCUUCCCCACCCUCGCUCCGUCUGAGGGCGGGGGGCUGGUGGUCCGGGCUCCUUCGGCCCCCCAAGGGGGUAGCGCAGGUGGACUCGGUGGUUUGUUUUAUGGACUUUGUCUUUGAGCUGGGGGGCGGCGGGGAGGGGGCGGCCCACCGGGAGUGGGUGUGUUUCAAUAUGUCAUAUGUUCUGUGUUUAAAGAAAAGUUAUUUAUUAAUGAAAAUAUAACAAAUACCC